UUAAGAAAAAUAACUAUACAUAAAAUGAAAACUAAGGGAGUAUUAUUGCUCAAUCAGCUUAUCAAGUAAAAAACAUGCAAAAUUGAUACCAAUUGAGUAGAAAAAGAAAAAUCUGAAUUAUAUGAUAUAAAAUUGAAAUUUAUUUAAAUUUGAAAAAGAUUACUUGGCUCUUUUAUGGCAGGGAGAAGUGGUGGGCAAAUUCGUUACAACACCCACUGCAAUCGUGAAGGGAAAAUAAUUUAUUUGAAUGGCUGGUUUAAGUAGAGGAAGCAGAAUAAUCUUCCAGCAAAAUCUGAAGAUAACACAGUUAGGAAAAAGGGGACAAAUAGAUGAAGCUAUCAAAGUGUUCAAAAGUAUUACCCACCCUAAUACUGUCACUUACAAUUCUAUGAUUUCUGCUUAUGCCAAGAAUGGUAGAAUUAUCAAUGCGCGCCACCUGUUCGACAAAAUGCUGUACAGAAAUUUAAUUACUUGGAAUACAAUGAUUAAUGGGUAUUUGUUUAAUGGUCAAAUUGAUAAAGCGUGUGAACUGUUCGAUAAAAUGCCUCAGAGAGACCAUUUUACUUAUGCAUUGAUGAUAACUUGUUACGCGCGUAGUGGGGAGCUUGAAAAGGCUAGAGAUGUUUUUGAGGCGGUUAAUGAUAGAAGUAAUGUAGCUUGUUGGAAUGCGAUGAUUACGGGUUAUGCAAAAGCGGGAAGGUUAGAUGAUGCUAGGAAAAUGUUUGAUGGUAUGCCGGUAAAGAAUUUAGUUUCAUGGAAUUCGAUGCUUUCGGGAUAUACCCAGAAUGGGGAAAUGCAAUUUGGGUUGAAAUUUUUUGAGGGUAUGGAAGAGAAGGACGUCAUUUCUUGGAAUUUGUUAGUGGGUGGGUUUAUUGAGGCUGGGGAUUUGGGUUCUGCUAAAGAGUUUUUUGCUAAGAUUCCUAAUCCGAAUGUUGUUUCAUGGGUGACAAUACUGAGUGGAUAUGCGAGGUAUGGGAUGAUAUUGGAGGCUGAAAUGAUUUUUGACCAAAUGCCGGAGAAAAAUGAGGUUGCUUGGAAUGCCAUGUUAGCUGCAUAUGUUCAGAAUGGCAAAACUGACAUGGCUGUAUCGUUAUUUAAUAGAAUGUCUCAGAGGAGUGCCGUGGCUUAUACAUGCAUGAUUGAUGGUUAUUGUCGUGCUGGAAAACUCAAAGAAGCAAGGGAUUUGUUGGAUCAAAUGGCAUACAAGAAUGUUGGUGCACGAACAGCGAUGAUUUCAGGGUACAUCCAAAACAAUAGGGUGGAUGAAGCUCGUUGGGUAUUUGAUCAAACAGCUGAGCGUGAUGUUGUUUGUUGGAAUACAAUGAUUGCAGCCUAUGCUCAAUGUGGACGGAUUGGCGAAGCUUUUGAUCUGUUUGAAAAGAUGGAACCAAAGAGCAUAGUUGUUUGGAAUACCAUGAUAGCAGGUUAUGCUCAAGUGGGACAAAUGGAUAAAGCACUUGAGAUCCUUAAGAAUAUGGGAGAUAGAAAUGUAAUUUCUUGGAAUUCUCUAAUUUCAGGUUAUACCCAAAAUGGUUUUUAUGUAGAUGCACUUAAAUAUUUUAUCAUGAUGACACGUGAUGGCAAGAAACCCGAUCAUUCUACAUUUGCUUUAGUAUUAAGUUCCUGUUCGAAUCUUGCAGCAGAGCAUAUUGGUAAGCAACUUAACCAACUGGCUAACAAAACCAGUUAUGUGAAAAAUUUAUCAGUUUGUAAUGCUUUAAUCAUUAUGUAUGCAAAGUGUGGAAACAUCUCUGAUGCAGAAAAGAUGUUUCAAGAUGUUGACAAUGCUGAUGUUAUAUCCUGGAAUUCCUUGCUUGCUGGAUAUGCUUUAAAUGGAUACGGGAAGGAGGCUGUCAAACUUUUUCAAGAGAUGGAAGACAAAGAAGUCGUUCCUGAUGAAGUCACAUUUGUUAGUGUUUUAUCUGCAUGUAAGCAUGCUGGCUUGAGUGAUGCUGGAGCAAAUUUGUUUGAGCUCAUGACCAGAAACUAUUCUAUCGCUCCUUCGUCUGAACAUUAUGCUUGCAUAGUUGACUUACUCGGGCGAUCAGGGAGGUUAGAAGAAGCUUUUCUUUUAAUAAAGGAAAUGAAAACAAAUGUCACUGCAGAAAUGUGGGGUGCCCUAUUUGGGGCUUGUCGCAUGCAUAACAAUAUAAAGAUCGCUGGCUGUGCUAUUGAGAAACUUCUUGAACUUGAACCUCAUACGUCUACAAAUCUAGUUGUCUUAUCAAACAUGUAUGCUGAGCUAGGAAGAUGGGGUGAUGUGGAGAGAGUUAGGGAAACAAUAAAGAAGAGUGGAGCAGGUAGACUACCAGGAUGCAGCUGGCUUGAGGAUAGGAAUCAGUUGCUUGUUUUUCUUUGUGGGGAAGAUACUUCACCGCAAGCUGUGGAUAACUUUAAUGUGUUAUUCACUUUAACUGCACAGAUGAUGGAUAUGGGCCAUAUGCCGGCCAUGACAUCAUUUUGUCUCGACUCAGAUAAUUGAGCCAUAAACGUGUAUUUUUAAGUUCCAAACAUGCAUUCACGAAAUCACUUCUGGUUUAGGGCUGCAAGGUGGCUUUGUAUGACUACGGCACACAGGAAAAUCACUCCAAUGUCUGGGAAAUCUCUUGCAUCUGCAACAGAAUGAAUACAGAGCUGGAAUGGGAUUCUGUUGCUUAUGAGUCAACUGCUGUAUCUGGAUAGAUGGUUAGUGCUGAUCUUUGCAGUGAUUAUAUGUUAAAGCAGCUGAUAACCAUGAAUGCUACGCUGGUGUUGCCAGGUUGGUGUCUUUCUAGGAGGUCUACCUCCAGGCACGGGUAUCUCCCUUAAUGGCUUAGUCAUAAAGCAUGCAUCUAAAGCUCCUCCUCCACCAGGAUUGAGGUGGAUUCUGAACCCUGCUUUUGAAUGGGUCGUCAACAAUGGUGUCACUGAGCUGCUGGUUAUCCAUAAACUGCCUCUCAAGGAACUUGCAAUUACAACAUGGCAUGUGGUGAAACACAAGGUUGUAACCAUUGAUGGAUACCAAGGUGUUGCAGAAGAGGAAAGUGCCCUUCUUUGUGGUGUUGCUCAACAACCGUUGGUGUGGAGAUCACCAGGAGCCUCCUGAUUUUUAAAUAUAUUGAUGUUGCAGUAGAGGAAUGUGCUUUUCAUUAGCAUCCGACAAUGAAGUUUUUCCAGUGGUUUUCAAGAAUUAGACAAGCCACAAGAGUUACUUCUUGAAGAAAGAGUUUUCCAGUUUUUCCAAGAAUGGAAACAGAAGCAUGGGAAAAUU